AUGGGACAUUUGAAGAAACCUGAGAACAUUCAGGCAAGCGAAUGCCGCAAAGAAAAUGCAGACCAGCCAUGCCUCUGGGAUGAGCAGUGCCCCGGGCUUGGCUGCAGCGCUUUAGGAGUGGCGAACUGCCGGUAUUGUGGGUUCGGAGAAUAUGCGCCUUGCCCUCUUCACCAUGGAGCCAGCAGGCCCCGGCCGCCCCCGAUCUCCUCCUGUAGCCCUCUGGGCACCUAUACUUGUGGCAGAACUUGCUUCAACAUGGAUGCAGGAGCAGAAACAAAUAUCAUUACCAGACAAAUUGGGACUCCCUAUUUCGAGAACCGUGUGACUGCUGGAAAUGGCUUUGAGGAAACGCAGCAAUGUUCCCAAAUCCAGGGGAUUGGUGGAACGAACAUGUACUCCUGCGUUACCAACUGGCGGCGCGAGCAUACUCUGAAGAUAGCGCGCUUCCUGCAGCAGAUCACAUUCAAUGCGAACUGUAGAUUCUUCGUGAAAAAGGUCUGGCGUAUGUCGCCUCAGCCGGUCUCCACAUGCACGGUUAGAUGCACAGCGCUGAUUUAG